CAAAAACAGACUCAGGAGAAAAUGCGAAUAUUUUCAACCACGCGUGAACUGGAAGUUCAGAAUUUAAUAAUUUCAAUGAAUAAUUAACAAAAAAUUAUAGUUUCAUCAGUCUUUAAACUAACGAAAGUACAGUAAACUCUACACUUUUGGUAACAAAUUUGAUAAUAUGGCAGACAAUCACGGCGCAGCAGAGCCUCACGUAGUUCCACUACUUGAACCAUCUUCACCCCCACCGAACGAUAAGGUAGCUACAGAAGAAUCACCUGUCGAAAUUCCUGCGACUGCAAGCAAGACUGCCAUGUCGCCCAGUGGAGAAGUCGGGUCAGCGCCACAACCACCGGCAGUUGAAGAGCAGAAGCAAUCAGGGUUAACAGCAGCCUCCAAGAAACGAAAAAGACGUAUCCGGUACAAGCGGAAUAAAAGGACUUUGCCACGCACUGGUGAUGAUGGAACACGAUCUACUUCAAAAUCUAGAGAAUUGACUAUCGAAUCUACUGGCGCGAUGAUAACUGAUGACAAUAAGGAUGAUGAGAAUGACGAUGACGAGGAGACGACUUCGUCCGAGGUGGACAAUUCUUGUCCGACUGUGACAUGGGAUUCAAAUGCUGAAACAAUCGCCGUCAUGAAUGAAAUUGAGGAAAAGAUAGAAGAAGAAUCUACUCGCUCUACGAUAAGUGAUCCUGUUAUAGUUCAAGUUGAUGCAGACAUCGUUUCUUCACUUUCUGGACACUAUCCGGAUUUUUCGAGUGGCACUGGAUGGACUUCUUCUCAAUGCAGGAAUGAAGAUGUCGACUUUGCAGGAACAGUCAGUGGUAGUCAUUAUCAGCCAAUUGAGAUGGUCGUAGUGGACCAAAUUCCUGCUCUGCAACAACCGGAAAAAACUGAGAUUACCCGAAUAACCUUGGGAGAAGAAAUAACCUUCCCGAUUUCCACUUUGGACGACGAUUCGCCCAAUAACAACUCUGGAUCUCCUGAAAUCGAGUCUACUCCAACCGAAGAGACAAUAACAACCACUUUGACCUCACCGAACAACCUGCCCCUCCAAGUCUCAUCGACAAUGAUGUUACCACUACUCUUGAGGCUACAAUUCCACGUAACGCUACCCCGUCUCAGGAGGAAUUAGCGUAUAAUGCAGAUGAUACCACUUCCACUGUGGAACCACGUACUACUGAUGAUGGGACAAUGUCUACUUCAAAAUCUAAAGAAUCGGUUACUCAAUUUACUCCUGGCUUGGCGACAACUAAUGACAAUAAGGACAAUAAUCGCGGCGAUGACGAAGGGACGUUUUUCUCUGAGUUGGAAAAUUCUUGCCCGACUAUACCGUGGGAUUCAUACCCUGAAACAGUCGCGUCUGUCAUGGAUGAAAUUGACCAGAUGUUAGAGGAAGAAUCUACCACAAGUGAUCCUGGAGUAGUGCAAUUAGAUGAAGACAUCAUUUCUUCACUUUCUGGGCGCUAUCCGGAUUUUUUGAGUGGUACUGGUUGGACUUCUUCUCAAUGCAAUGACAAAGAUGUUGACUUGGCAGGAACAGUCAGUGGUGGUCGUCAUCAACCAAUUGAAGUGGUCGUGGUGGACCAGAUUCCGGCUCUACCACAACAACAAGAAAUUGAGUGUGUAAUGCAAGAGCAGGAUGAUGAUGAUGAUCAAGAAACUAAAACAACUUUCCGGGAUCAAAAUACGUAUCUCCGAAAGGAGGAAGCAUUUGGUUCAGUGUCUGCCAUUUUUGACACAGCGCCGCAGCAGCAAAGUCAGGAUCAUUUUGAAAUUGUGGAACCUGAUCAAGAACAAGGAGAAGAAGAAGCUUUAUUGCUUAAUCUUAGUCGAGCGAUGAAGAAAUCAUAUCCUGAGACUACCAGAGUCACAGAAAAAGACUCGAUUUACACCUUGGAUGACUGCGAAGAUUCUUCCAACCCAAAAUCUUCUGGAGCCGAGCCUACCCCAGCCGAAAAUAAUAACCGCUUGGAUAUCGCCGAACAACCUUCAAGUCUCAUCGACAAUGACGAUACCACUACUCCUGAGGUCAUAAUUCCAAGUAGCGUUACCCUGUCUCAAAAGGAGUCUACUGCCAGUGCUACUUCUGCACGAACAAUCUCUCUCUGUCAUCCGGAACAAUUGAAGGAAUUGUCUCCUCAGUCUAACAUCGUCACUCUGUCAGAGGAGAGGCAAGAAGAACAGUUCCUCGUAUCAGAAUCCGAGAGCGAAUUUGGUGGAUGUUGCGCCGCGUUGCGUCGAGGAAGGUCAAGACCUUGGAAUAAAAAGGAUACGAUCAACACGGGUGAUGGAUCAUCAUCUUCAACUCGACCUGGCUCCGGUGGGAAACGAACCUCAUUCAAAGAACGGUCCGCCUCAUUGAAAAUGCGACUAUCCAAAGUCUUCUUCAAAGGGAACCCUCCUACCAAGGAGUAAUCAUGGACCACUGCUUCAGCGAAAAAUUAGUUCUUUUGCUCGUUUAUUAGCAGCUUCUUAGAGGAUGUAGAAAUAGUUAUAAAAAAUAUAUACAAAAUUGUAGUGAAUCAACACAGCCAGUAGUGAGUCAGAUAAACACACAAACCUGUUUCAUUUUAGUGCUCGACAAAAUUUUAUAAUACAAAAAAUUACAACUGUAAAAAUA